GCAGUUGUGGUCGGCGCUGAAAGCUGGACAGAUCGACAUGGUGGUGUCUGAUCACUCUCCCUGCACCCCCGAUCUGAAGAAACUGGACAGAAACAUGUCGCUGUCCGUGCCUCCACCGGGAUGUCUGCAGAAACCCUUGGUGGUCCCUCAUCGUCACAUGUUUGGACCAGGACCUUCCAAUGUUCCUCCACGCAUCCUGGAGGCCGGGGCCAAGCCUGUCAUCGGACACAUGCAUCCCGAGACCUUUCAGAUAAUGAGUGACAUCAAAAGUGGGAUCCAGUACAUGUUCCAGACCCGAAACAAAGUGACCUUUGCUGUGAGCGGCACUGGCCACACCGCCAUGGAGUGUGCCAUCUUCAAUGCAGUGGAGCCCGGGGACUGUGUGCUCACAGCGGUGAACGGCAUCUGGGGAGAGCGAGCCACGGAAAUAGCCGAGAGGAUAGGUGCCAGAGUGAAUACGAUAGUCGCCCCUCCUGGUGGGUACUUCACCAAUGAAGACAUUGAAAAGGCGUUGUCAAAACACAGGCCGGCGAUCUUCUUCCUCGCUCAGGGAGAAUCUUCCACCGGGGUCUUGCACCCCUUGGAUGGCAUCGGACAGCUGUGCCACAAGUACAACUCCCUCUUCCUUGUUGACGCCGUGGCUUCGAUUGGGGGAGCCCCCCUCUACAUGGACCAGCAAGAGAUAGACAUCCUGUAUACCGGAUCCCAAAAGGUCCUAAACGCCCCUCCUGGUACAGCUCCCAUUUCCUUCAGUGAGCGGGCAUGCCAGAAAGUUUUCAACCGGAAGACCAAGCCUCUGUCAUUCUUCUUGGAUCUGAGCUGGCUUGCCAACUACUGGGGAUGUGAUGACAAGCCGUCAAGAAUAUACCACCACACGGGCCCAGUCACUGCAUAUUAUUCCCUCAGAGAGAGUUUGACUGUCCUUUCUGAAGAGGGUCUGGAGAAUUCAUGGAAAAGACAUCAAGACGUGGCAGAGUAUUUCCACCAAGGCCUGGAGAGCAUGGGUCUCAAGCUAUUCGUUAAAGAAAAAAGCACCAGGCUUCCUACAGUGACCACUAUUGUGGCCCCUCAUGGAUAUGACUGGAAAGAAAUCACAGCCUACAUCAUGAAAACACAUAAUCUGGAGAUUUCUGGAGGUCUGGGACCAUCCGUUGGCUUGGUGCUGCGUGUGGGGCUGAUGGGAGGUAACAGCAGCAAGGCCAAUGUGGACAUGGUGCUGGCAGCCAUGAGAGACGCUCUGAAACACUGUCACAAGAGCAAAGUGUGA